UCCCCUCGACCAAUCAGCGGCCAGCACGAAGGCGUCGGCCGGCUGACGUCACGGAUUCUAUAAAACCAGCGACCGGCGAUUGCAGCUCUCAGAAAAUUUAGACCAUUUAGAAGCUCCAUUAGUCGCUUUCUAAAGGGUUACUUUACAAAUUUCUAUUUCUUGUUAGUGAGUGAAGCAGAACUAAAGCAACAAAAUGCGUGAAUGUAUCUCAGUUCAUGUUGGCCAAGCUGGUGUACAGAUAGGAAACGCCUGUUGGGAACUAUAUUGUCUCGAACAUGGAAUUCAACCUGAUGGUCAGAUGCCCUCAGACAAGAGCGUCGGAGGAGGUGAUGACAGCUUCAACACUUUCUUCAGUGAAACUGGUGCCGGAAAGCACGUGCCCAGGGCCGUGUUUGUGGACUUGGAACCCACUGUCGUAGACGAAGUGAGAACCGGCACCUACAGACAACUGUUCCACCCCGAGCAGUUGAUCACCGGAAAGGAAGACGCUGCCAAUAACUACGCCAGAGGUCACUACACCAUUGGAAAGGAAAUCGUCGACUUGGUUUUGGACAGGAUCAGGAAAUUGGCCGAUCAAUGCACUGGCCUGCAAGGUUUCCUCAUCUUCCACUCCUUCGGCGGAGGCACUGGAUCCGGAUUCACCUCCCUGUUGAUGGAGCGUCUGUCUGUGGACUACGGAAAGAAGUCCAAGCUGGAAUUCGCCAUCUACCCAGCCCCACAAGUAUCCACUGCUGUAGUCGAACCCUACAACUCCAUUUUGACCACCCACACCACCCUGGAACAUUCCGAUUGUGCCUUUAUGGUUGACAAUGAGGCUAUUUAUGAUAUCUGCAGACGCAACUUGGAUAUUGAACGCCCCACAUACACAAACUUGAACAGACUGAUCGGUCAAAUUGUUUCAUCCAUCACUGCUUCUUUGAGGUUCGAUGGUGCCUUGAACGUGGACCUAACAGAAUUCCAAACCAAUUUGGUCCCAUACCCAAGGAUCCACUUCCCCUUGGUAACCUAUGCUCCCGUUAUCUCCGCAGAGAAGGCUUACCAUGAGCAAUUGUCCGUUGCCGAGAUUACCAACGCUUGUUUCGAGCCCGCCAACCAGAUGGUAAAAUGCGACCCCCGUCAUGGCAAAUACAUGGCCUGUUGCAUGUUGUACCGAGGAGACGUUGUCCCUAAGGAUGUGAAUGCCGCCAUCGCGACCAUCAAGACCAAGCGCACCAUCCAAUUCGUCGACUGGUGUCCUACUGGUUUCAAGGUGGGAAUCAACUACCAACCACCUACGGUGGUUCCUGGCGGCGAUCUCGCCAAAGUGCAACGUGCUGUAUGCAUGUUGUCCAACACCACUGCCAUUGCCGAGGCUUGGGCUAGGCUCGACCACAAGUUCGACCUCAUGUACGCUAAGCGCGCCUUUGUCCACUGGUAUGUUGGAGAAGGUAUGGAGGAAGGAGAGUUCUCCGAAGCCCGUGAGGAUUUGGCCGCUUUGGAGAAGGACUACGAGGAAGUUGGCAUGGACUCCGGAGAGGGAGAAGGCGAAGGCGCCGAAGAGUACUGAGAAGAGAGUGGAUGAUUAACCAUUUGCGUACAUGCAAGUGUUUUUUUGUACUUCUCUGUGUGCGUUUUCACUUAAAAAGAACAGGGAAACUAUAAACUAAAAAAGGUUUUCCUAUUUUUUUAAACUGUUUACUCAUACAAUACAAUCUUUAAGCACUUGA